AACACCAAAAAUACAGAGCCCCCUAAACUGAGCUCAUGGUACAAGUAAAAAGCCUUGUCAAAAAUGAUAAUUUGUGGCCUUUUUGCACAACUUUACAACAGUUUAAAGUAAACGGCAAUUUUGGAAAUACCAUGGACUAUUUGGGGCAGUUUACGUGUAGUACUCAUUUAAUGCAAACCAUAACAUGGCACACACAAGUUGUUUAUCUCUCAGUUGUUCUACGAGGGACCACAAUUUACCAAAUUAAUCUGGCUUCAAGUUGAUUUUAUGUUACUUUGAGAAUGAUAACUGGAGAGCAAGAGUAAUUUAUCAGAAAUCGUCAUAAAAUGAAAGGUCAUUCAUUCAUGUUGGCGAAGCAGCCGACACGAACUGUUCACAUGCCGCAAUGGAUUUUGAAAGCUCAAGGUAGUGGAUAGCUUGUAAUUGAGGAGUAAAAGAAACCAAAAUGGCAUCACAACAGGAAAUUAUACUCAAACAAGGAAACCCUUCAAUCUUAAUUCUUUCAAGAAAGCAAUUGUGUCGUCCUUGGAGUAUUGGGACUUGGCAGCCAAGUUCAAUCGUUAUAGAUACAUCUCUCGCUUAUCUAAUCACAAUGUGAUAAUUCCAAGUCACCUGCUUCCAUCUCAGUCUGUUGUCACAAAAGAGAGGAAUGAGAAACAAAGCAGCCUUGUCACAAUGUAAGACUAAUACCCCAUUCACACUAGCAAAACAUGUUUAGUUAAACUGGGUUUAACCCUUUAACUCUCACAUGAGUGACCAAGACAGAAUUUCUUCUUACAAUAUCAAUACAAUAUAAAACAGACAAGUGAUGGGAAUAGAGAAAAAUAUACCAAAUUCUUCAAAAUAACAUCACAAGAAUUGUAUGGCAGACAGUAAGGAGAAUCAGCUAGAGGAUCUUGAGAGUGAAGGGUUACCUAAAUGGAAAUCAAAAGUAGGGAACUGAAAAAACUAAGUUUUCUCUAAGGUUUACUGGCCACUAACUUUUAUUUUCAUGUGCUAAAUUUGAAGUUGACAAACAUGGCCUUAAGCAGCUGCUAUGAAGAAAACGAUUUCAAACCUGUUAAACAAAACAGCUUUUGUGAAUUUAAAGCUUUGUUGUGAAUGGGUUAUGACUAAAUACUUCACCUAGUCUAUAUAAUGAACUACCUCUAACCUAACUAAUAAUGAUAACUGCCUAAUUGUCCUGUUGUAAACAAUGUAUGUAUUUCUUCUACUAAAAGUUUUUUUGGUUUAAGCCCUGUUUCACUAAGGAAAACUGGUUUUGUGCCCCUUAGUCUCUAUUUAACUAUGCUUUAGAAUUUCUAAUGUUGCUUUUGAGGUGAGUGUGGUAUUUUGAAACUGAUGAUUACAAUGCUGAAAUUUACAUUUAUCUGCACUCAAUUUCUGCACUUCUCUGGCAGAACUCACCUUUGUAUGAUUUGAAUUUCAAUAAAUGUAUUUAUUUCCCAGCUUUUCCAUUUGGAACACGAUGAUGGGCACAUCACUGUUGAGCAUGCCAUGGGCUAUCAAUCAGGCUGGAUUUGUUCUGGGUACCAUUCUUGUGAUAGUAAUGGCUGGAAUUAUUUUUUACACCUGCUACUUGAUAAUAAAGUGUUCACAAGAGAAAGUGGAGCAUGGAGAUGUUGUGGAAUUUUCUGCUUUAUGUAGAGAGUAUCUUGGUAAACCUGGAGAGCUCAUUGCAGUAUUGUUUUCAGUGGCACCUCUCGUCAGUGCAGUCAUUGUAUUUUGGGUUUUAAUGAGCAACUUUCUCUUCAACUCUGGAAAAUACAUCCAAGAAAACAUAUUUUCAGUUGCACGAGUGAUCAACUCUUCAACCACUUUGGAAGUGCUUUGCCCAGGUGGCUACAGUGCAGGGGUAACUUCUUCAAAUAGCUCAGUUAUUCAGGAUGAAAAUUCAUUUUGGCAUGUUCAACACACCGUACCAUACUUGUUGAUUGCUGUCUUCUUUCCACUGUGCAGUGUCAGGUCACCAACUUUUUUCACAAAGUUUAAUUCUUUAGGAACCGUGUCAGCCAUCUACAUUAUCAUCUUCACUAUUAUCAAAGCCAGCAUAUGGGGAGUCAACCUGGACUUUAACAAAAUACCAAUGUUCAAGGCUAGUUUUCCUGCCCUAACAGGUUUACUUACUCUGGCCUACUUAAUUCACAACUGUAUUCUAUCAAUAAUGAGGAACCAGGAGAACCCUAAAAAUAACGAACGAGACCUCAGUGUAGCUUUCUGUCUUGUAGCAUUUACAUAUACACUUGUUGGAGUGCUGUUCUUCAUUUCUUUUCCUAGAGAAAAAGAUUGUAUUCAACAGGUUCUUCUUGAUAACUUUCCAGCUGCAGACGUUAUGACAUUUAUAGCUAGGCUCUUUCUUCUGUUUCAACUUACCACCGUGUUUCCUCUGGCCAUGUAUGUCAUACGUGUGCAGUUCAUGUUCUAUUUCUUCAAAAAAACCUAUCCCAGCUAUCUACAUGUGUUUAUCCUAAACUUUGUACUGAUUGGGACCUGUGUAUUAUUUGCUGUGGUCUACCCACAUGUUGGUGACUUUAUCAGGUAUGCGGGAUCAUUAAGUGGAGUGGCCUAUGAUUAUGCACUACCCUGUAUUGUGUACAUAGUGAUACAGAAGCAAAAAGGAAAGCUGUCUUGGCUGAGUGCUGGAUUCCAUUCUAUUAUUGUUUUGCUUGGGUUUGCUAACUUAAUGGCUCAGUUCUUCACUUCUGCUUGAGACUUUACUGAGAAAUUAAGUGGAUAAUGCAUGAAAGUGGUGGCACUCUAGAGGUGGUAAUAAGAAAACUUCAUUUGCCUUGAGUCUAGGUUGUCUUCUUUACCAAAGGUGUUUGAAGUGUUCACAAAUGUUCCUAACUAUAAAUUUACAGGCAAGUUAUGAAUUGGUAAACUUUUUUGUAGCUACUAAGUGUUAAUGACCAACAACUCUGCAUUGGUAGGUCACUAUUACAUAAUGACACAUAACAAACCUAAAAACCAUUUCUAAAUUUUUGCUACCAUGAAGACAUUUAUACCAUCACAAGUGAGGGUUUAAAAUACUUUGCAUCUCAUAGAACAGUGUGAUAGUUAUUAAGAGCACUUUAGAAAAGAUUAAGCAUAAGGUAAAUGUAUUUGCUUGUAAAUAAAAGAUGCUUUUGACAUAUUUUCAGAGUCAUAUCUCUGGAUAAUAUUUGUACUAUGUUAUCAUCAUGAUGUUUCAAUGACAACUUAUUAUCUUGGGUGUGUGUGUGUAUAUAUGUAUAUAUAUUGUAUGCAAUUUACUUAUUUGUUUUUCCUGAUUAUGUUUGAAUGACGUGGCCUUAUUUCCCAAAGACAGGGUCCAAGUUGUUUGUAAGGCAUCAAGCCAAAACCAUUACUUCAUUUUAAUACUUGAGAAAAAUCUUUGAAUUAUUAAGGCAAUUAAGAAGUUUCAGUUUUCAUGUAAUGGAAUAGUUUGAGAGUUACAAUAGUCUGGUGCCUGGGUGUUGAGGUUUAAAAGCAUUUUGUGCUAUUUUCAAUAUAAUUGCCAAAUAGCACUUUACUGGCUUAAUGGGUAUUAAUAGCAGUUACAUGUAUUUGCUUGAUGGCCAGUUUUGUGGAUUCAUUUGUUUUUAAAAUGUGUAUUUAAGAUUUUAUUUCAAAUAAUGGUUGAGCCAUGUAAUGCUUCUGCCCUUACCAAGAAUAUAUUAAAAAAUGUGUGGUUUGA